CCCAGUCAGGAGCUUGUAACCCUCGCCGAGCAAAUUUUGGCCACUGUUGUCGCAUUAAUGAUGGUGCGCGACCAGCUCACAAAUUCGGGCACAAGUCCGACGUGGAAGGUAUGAGGCGGAUCGAUGAGCAGCGUCUAGUAGAACAUAAACUGACUCAGGUCUGUCAAAUCGUGCAUUAUGGCCUUCCUGCCGCGGGCAUCAUUCUCUUAGCCGUGUUGAAUCAACGUUGUUCGUCCGCUCCGGUCCCGACCCCUCGGCCACGGGCGAUCCAGAAUCUGACUCUUUUGGCUGCGGAGCUGUCAGGUGGAUCAGUGGUGCAACUGCAAGACCCAAAUUAUGAUCUGAUCUCCAAGGUAUUAUCCAGGAUUUCAUUACAGCGGGUGCAUUGCGGCAUUGCGGGGACCAGGAGUGCCGUCUCCCCGCACCACGACCCUCGCCGACUGGGAAGAAUUUCAAAGCCAGCUCUCGUGGGACCUGGACCUUGGGUUCUGGCAGAAUCUGGCCGAUACCCCAUUUUUGGGAGACCAAACGAGCACCUCAGCCUGUUUCAAGGAAUGAGCAGGGAGAUCCAUGAUACGUAGGCAAGACACUAACCGAAAAGAGAAAUGAUGUUGCCUGCCGUGAAUGGGCCUCAUGACGACAUCAUAGUGAUGUCUUUUCAAAAACCCCUCCCCGUAGGGCUGAACAAAGUCUUUCUUGGCUUUUAAGCUUGGCUGCGAUCGCCAUGGGUUUAUUUGCCCAUCGCUUCCGUCCCUGAAUAACUGUCUUCAUCAUCCAUGGCUUCCUCCCGGUCAGUGCCUGUCCUUGAUCACCUCCCUGAGCAUCUCCGUCUUGGCGCGUGUUACUGAUGAA